AUGAGCUUCUUGGGCUCGCGGAGCUUGGCUCCCGCCAACAAGGUCUCUCGUAUUUUACGGGAUCAGAGACGUCUUUUCUCCUCAUCACGACCCGCUGCUCGGCUCUGGACUCCCGGCCCUCUGCGCGCGAAGGCCGCCGAAGGCUUGAUCUCUGAGAAGUACCCCGUCAUCGAUCACGAAUACGAUGCCGUCGUGGUUGGCGCCGGUGGUGCCGGUCUUCGUGCUGCCUUCGGUUUGGCCGAGGCUGGCUUCAACACUGCCUGUGUCUCCAAGCUUUUCCCCACUCGCUCUCACACUGUUGCCGCCCAGGGUGGUAUCAAUGCAGCUCUUGGAAAUAUGCACGAGGACGACUGGAGAUGGCACAUGUACGAUACCGUUAAGGGUUCGGAUUGGCUCGGUGAUCAAGAUGCGAUUCACUACAUGACUCGUGAGGCUCCCGCCUCUGUGCGCGAGCUGGAGGGCUACGGUUGCCCUUUCUCCCGUACUGAGGAUGGCCGUAUCUACCAGCGUGCUUUCGGUGGUCAAUCGAAGGAGUUUGGUAAGGGUGGUCAGGCCUACCGAUGCUGCGCUGCCGCCGAUCGUACCGGUCACGCUCUGCUUCACACUCUCUACGGCCAGUCGCUGCGCCACAACACCAACUACUUCAUUGAGUACUUCGCUCUCGACUUGCUGAUGGAGGAUGGCGAGUGCCGCGGUAUCAUCGCCUACAACCAAGAGGAUGGUACUCUGCACCGUUUCAAGGCCCACCACACUGUUCUUGCCACCGGCGGUUACGGACGUGCCUACUUCAGCUGCACAUCGGCGCACACUUGUACUGGUGACGGUAUGGCCAUGGUCGCCCGUGCCGGUCUUCCUAACCAGGAUCUGGAGUUCGUUCAGUUCCACCCUACCGGUAUCUACGGUGCUGGAUGCCUGAUCACCGAGGGUUCUCGUGGUGAGGGCGGUUAUUUGCUCAACUCCGAGGGUGAGCGUUUCAUGGAGCGAUAUGCCCCCACCGCCAAGGAUCUGGCUUCCCGUGACGUUGUGUCCCGCUCCAUGACCCUUGAGAUCCGUGAGGGCCGUGGUGUCGGACCUGAGAAGGACCACAUCUACCUCCAGCUGAGCCACUUGCCUGCUGAGCUGCUCCACGAGCGUCUGCCUGGUAUUUCGGAGACCGCCUCCAUCUUCGCUGGUGUUGAUGUCACCAAGCAGCCUAUCCCCGUCCUGCCCACUGUUCACUACAACAUGGGUGGUAUCCCUACCAAGUACACCGGUGAGGUCGUGGACGUUGACGAGAAUGGCAACGACCGCGUUGUUCCCGGUCUCUACGCCUGUGGUGAGGCCGCCUGUGUCUCAGUCCACGGUGCUAACCGUCUCGGUGCCAACUCUCUGCUCGACCUGGUCGUCUUCGGUCGUGCCGUCUCUCACCGUGUCCGUGACAUUGCCUCUCCUGGCAAGCCCCACAAGGAGCUUGCCUCCGAUGCCGGUGCUCAGUCCAUCAAGGAUCUUGACUUCGCCCGCACCGCCGAGGGCCCCAAGUCCACCCACGAGAUCCGCAGCGCCAUGCAGAAGGCUAUGCAGACUGAUGUCUCUGUGUUCCGUACCCAGGAGAGCUUGGACGAGGGUGUCAAGCGUGUGAACGAAAUCGACCAGUGGUAUGAGCAGGUUGGUACCAAGGACCGCAGCAUGAUCUGGAACUCCGAUCUUGUUGAGACCCUUGAACUCCGUAACCUCCUGACUUGCGCUACCCAAACCGCCGUGGCUGCCUCCAACCGUAAGGAGUCUCGUGGUGCUCACGCCCGCGAGGACUACCCCGAGCGUGAUGACGAGAACUGGAUGAAGCACACUCUCACCUGGCAGAAGAAGGCUCACGGCAAUGUUGAUCUCAGCUACCGUGCUGUGGAGGCCAACACUCUUGAUGAGAACGAGUGCAAGCCUGUUCCUCCCUUCAAGCGUGUUUACUAA